CGAUCACCGAACGCGACGUGAGAGGGGACUCCUCUUGUCCUCAAAUGGGUAUGAGAUUGGACUUCUACUCCUAGUACUUCUUACAGCGAGCAGCUACAGUAGUAAGUGACUUGAACAUACGAUCAUUCGAGUCAUAUGCUCUGAGACGGAUUUCGUACAGCAGCUUACUUGUCAUGCUACUAAGUACGACUAGAAGAAGCCCUGUCACUUCGUGGUGGUUGUUGUUACUUGAACUUGUCUAAGUAGGUACCGUUUAAUAGUAGCUCAUUGAGCGUGAGAUAAAUGCGAGAACGGUUAAGGCGUAGCUACUUUUGAAUAGAUCAUUGGAGUUGUUUCGUAUUCGGGUCUUGUUUCUACGGUUUCCUCAGAGGAUUUCGACUCGCCAGCUUCAAAAUUCAGACAACCUGAGCCAGCUAUUGCCGCCAUUUACGGCCUUGCGCACCGUCGCUCGUGGGCAAAUGUUAGAGGCCGCCCCAAGAGUCGAAGUGUGGCGUGAAAAUGCUGCAGCAUCAAAGCAAGCAGAAGGCACAGAAAAUACGACAGGACACAGACGAGGCAGUAGCAGAAUCGUUGUGAGGUACAAAUUCACACAUUCUCAUCUGAACAUCCUCCUAUGUGGAAAGGGAUAUCUCUCGUCUCCUGAGAAUUACAAGGUAAGCCAGAGUCUGAUGGACGGUAGGUAUUUCUCAAUGUCGUGGUCGUGGAGCUUGAGUUGGUGAUGCUGCACAUAUGUUAUGCAGAAUUUCUUCGAGUUCUAGUGAAGAGUUGCAAAUUAUAUAGGAGCGGUUGAUUUUGCCGGUCUACGUUCUUCUACCUUCAACAUUUUUUCCAGCGAUGAAGAAGACGAACUUGAGAUGCAGGUUUGCACAGAGGAUAGCGUUCUCAAUUUCAUGGCUCGGGGGAGCAAUUGCAUCGUGACAGUUCUGCUUAACCAGAAGACAAGUGUCGGUCGGUGCCUCCGUUUUGACCAUUUUGAGAACAACUUCAAGCUGUAUCAACUAGAAGUGCCCAGUGGGAAUCCAAGG